AUGUUUGCGCAACACUUCUCGAUAAAUAACCUCCCAUACGGCAUCAUCAGCAUACAAGGCUCUGCAGACAGGAUCAUUGCCACACGGUUGGAAGACUAUGUCUACUCGAUUCCCGCUUUGCUGGAACGUGGCCUACUAGGGUCUGUGCCAGCCUCUACGACCAAUGCCAUUGUCAAGCAACACGACUUGAAUGCAUUUGCAGCUCUUCCAAAAUCAGAACAGCAGUAUUUCCGCAGCCUGCUUACAAUGUUCUUUGCUUCGCAUCAAACUCAACCUACGAGCGUUCCAGAGGCGGCGCACCAUGUCGACAGUGUCUGUGUGCAUCUCCCCGUCCACAUCUCUGGGUUUACAGACUUCUCGUGCAGUAAGGACCACUUAAUGAAUGCUGCCAGGGCAAUGGGCUUUCCACCAAAUCUUCCACCGGGGUUCCUGCAUUUCCCGACCGCAUACGACGGUCGAGCGUCAUCAAUCUACGUCUCUGGCACCGAGGUUUUUAGACCAACAGGAACUUUCCAGGAUUCUCAAGACGGCAGUAUUGUCUUCGGGCCGACCAAGGCACUGGAUUAUGAAUUGGAAAUGGCCUGCAUCAUUGGUCGUCCCCCAGAACCCUCAUUACAACGGCAGGAGUUCGUUCUGGACCUUGGUAGAGGAAUACCUGCAUCGCGCGCCGAGGAGCAUAUAUUUGGUGUCGUUCUUCUUAACGACUGGAGUGCGAGAGACAUCCAAAGGCUCGAGAUGCCACCACUCGGUCCCUUCAAUGGCAAAAAUUUUGCAACCACGAUUUCCCCGUGGGUUGUCACCCUUGAGGCGCUGGAGCCUUUCAAGCUCCAAUUGCCAGAAAGGGACGUGCCCGUUCCACCACAUCUAGACACUAAAGAUCAAAAGGUAGGCUAUGAUAUCACUUGCAUGGCAGAGCUCUUGAGCCCAAACACCGGCGAGACCAAUGGUACAAGUACAACACUAUGCGAAUCCAAUACUAACCGCUUCUACUGGUCUUUCGCGCACUUGAUAGCGCAUCAGACCGCGGGUGGAUGCAAGCUGGCCACGGGGGAUAUCCUGGCCACAGGAACAAUCUCCGGGCCUGCAAAAACCCAACACGGCUGUUUGAUGGAACUGACCAAGGGUGGCAAGGAGGCGUUCACUCUACAAGGCGGAUCUGAGAGGAUAUACUUGCAGGACGGAGACACUGUUCGUUUGAGUGCUUUUGCCGGGAGUGCUGAUGAUGGUGUGGGAUUCGGCGAAUGCCUCGGAGUGAUUCGCUCUUGA